UUACUAUCCAUCGGGCGAGAGCGAAAGAUUUCACCUCCAUGUGUGUUAUACGCUGCUGAUGCUGGUGGUUUAUGUAUAUAUUAUAUACCCGCAUCUUUCCAUACCUCCAUAUAACUUAUACAGAUAAGUAACUGAUAGAGAUAUUUGAACUGCGUGUGUUGUAAUAUUGUGAGUCGAAGAGCUUUUGAGUGCGCAUAAAAAAUACACCUUGGCUUCUUGUUGCUGUGUUGCUGAAGGCUAUUUUCGUUCUCCAGCCAUGAUGAAAUCGGUGAUGCCGCAGUCGGGGUCGGACGCGACGGAGACCAAGGUGAUACGGCUUACGUCAAACCAGGAGGCUGUCUUGCAACAACAGUUCAACAGAUGGCCGAAAAAUCCCCACAAAGCCGAUGUCGUGCUUUUGGCCGCCGAGACCGGGCUAUCCGAAGAAGAUGUCCAAGACUGGUACUCCUUUAAAUUGGCACAGCUGAGGAAAGAACAAGGCUUGGGCGGUGGCUUUGGACUAGGGCAAAAUUACUGAUUGUCGCCAAAAUCAUGCUCGUCAUAGGACAACAUUCGACCACCAGCGUGUCAGUAUUUUUCUCCGAACAAUAAAAAAGAAAAUAAUACGAAAAUAAUAUAUACAUAUAUUAUGAUUAAAUAAAGAAAUAGACGAAAAAAUACACCACCGUCAAUGUUAUAAUGACAACUGAAGAAAAAACGGUACAAAGAUAGUUAGGUAAUUUGUAGUUUAAUACCUCAUUUAUAAAUUCGUUAACUGAAUUGUAAAAAUGAAGAUAUGAAGAUGUAUUUUUUAGCUCUAUCGUAGAAUAAGUGCCCAACAAAAACAAAAAACAAAAUCACGCCGUGUGUAUAGUAUACGAACGCUACCGCGAAACUUGCGCGAAGAAUAAUUCAAUUAAAACGUAACUCAUGUAAUAUAUAGAUGAUUAAAACAAGUGCAAUUAAUAGUGGAAUGCAACAAUUUUUUACAUGCACAACCAUUGUAUCAGUAAACACGCUUCAUACAAAAAUUACCGAAAAACAGAGUUUUUUUAGUGCCUAGUCGUUAGCAACGCCGAAAGCGUCAAACUCAUGGUCUCAUUACGAAUUGUUAAUUAACGUUAUUAGUUAAAAAGUAAGGAUAUUUUUAUGUUAACACGAAUGAACGAAAAAUAAUUUUUUGACCAUCGUUUUUAGUAAAACGGUGAUUGUGCUUAACAUAUAUUAAUAAACGAUCGAUUUAACGAAAAA